UAGUCCCUGAAAUAGAGCGGUGGAGGCAAGAGAAAGAAUGGAGGAGACUCAAACUGCUUCACAGAAGAUGGAAGUUGAGAGGGAAAACGAAGAACAAAAGAUGGCAGCUCCUACUGCUUCAGAGAAAAUGGAAAUAGAGAUGGAAAAAGAAGUAGAAGAAGAGGAGAUGGCGUCUCCUACUGCUUCACAGAAGACAGUUUCUGAUGAUGAUGAAAUAGACUACUCUGUCAAGCCAGAGUUCUAUGAUCCAAAACUUGAUAUUAAAGAUGAGUUAUGGGUUCAAAAGGAAAGAAAAGGUCGUGAUUCUGAUGCUGUUCUUACUUGUCCAGCUUGCUUUACGACUCUCUGCUUAGAAUGUCAAAGGCAUGAAAAGUACCUUACACAAUACAGAGCCAUAUUCGUUGUCAACUGCAAGAUUAAGAUCAAUCAAGUUCUGCGGCCAAGUAAUCAAAAACCAAAGACAGGUAAGAAACGUGGAAGAGAUCGAGGUGGAGUUGAUGAAGUGGGUGCCUCAAAUAAGGAAACAUUUAAGCCUGUGUGCUGCGUGGUUUGCUCAACAGAAGUGGGAGUCAUCGACGAAGAUGAGGUUUAUCAUUUCUUCAAUGUUCUUCCUAGUGAGUCAUAACCUUCUUGAUGAUUUACAUUUCACAGGAAUCUUGUUUACGCACAAUCUCAGUAGUUAGUUGUAUUAUGUAUACUAAGUUACUAACAUAGUUACACUGCAUUUAUAUGAAAAAAAAGAAGCAGAAAAAGAUACCCCAAAACUCAUUUUUCUUAGUGUCCGUUUCUUGUUCAUUUGAUUCUGUGAUUUUGGGUCCUAUAUCAAAAUACUCUUGCUCUAGAUGUAGUUAUAAUAUGGCAGGUUCUGUCUCUUUAUCAAGUAAAUGUACGGAACCAGAGCUCGGUAAACUAUGGUUUUGGUUCUUCUGUCA